AUGGGAUUACAUUUGGAUUAUCCCCUUCUCAAUCAACAUUGGUCUCGUCGAGCAAUCAACGAGGGAAAGCUUCAGGUGCUACCGUAUAUGAGGCUUGCCACUUGCAUAUUGGAAGAAUACCAUGGAUCCCUAGGCGACGUUAUCGGGCAUCUACCGAUCGGAGGUAGGACGAAUGGUACGAAGCCGGAUACUCAGCUUCGAGUUGUGAAAGGAAAUGAUAUUGCCCGGAUAGUACCCGGGUCAAAAGACUUGGUCAUCGAAAAGGAGCUCGACAGAGAUGAGGGUCAGAGUAAAUUCGAGUUGGUGGUGGAAUGCGUGUCUCAGAAUCUCGACAGCGACUUUAGUCAGCUCAACAUUUCUGUGUUCGUCACCGUGCAGGACGUCAAUGAUAACGCACCAGUUUUCGAUGCUCCGGAAUACAAUAUUACUAUCAAAGAAGAGCUACCUAAAGAUACGAUCGUCUUUACUGAUUUUGAAGCGACGGAUCGAGAUCAACCGGGUCCCAACAGUUUCGUACUUUACUCAAUAGCUGAUGGUCCUCACUCGGACUUACUUGAAAUUGCUGACCCUUUUCGUCCAGUUGUGACGAUAAAGAAUCGUAUCGACUAUGAAAAAAUUCGGAGUUUUGACGUUACACUCGAAGCUCGUGAUCAAGGCGAACCAUCUCUGUCGACAUCGGCGCCACUUCAUGUCACCGUUGAAGAUGUAGACGAUCGUCCACCGUAUUUCCAGCAUCAUUACUAUACGUCUCGAAGCAUAAAGAAAAACGACUUCGUGAUUUUGCAUCUUGACAUCCUGGAGAAACUGGUAACGCAGGUGGCUACUGGUCGUCUAUAA